AACAGUGGAUGUGAAAAAAAAAGUUUGGAGGUUUCGCAGGAGUUACUUCUCUCCAACUAGUUUCAUAUUAAAGCUGUCGGCGGGUUUUAGUCCAGAGUUUGCAUCGGAAAUCACUGUCUCGUCUGAGCGUUUUUCCGGCUGUGAUUAGUCUAAGUUUUCCCUGCAGGAGGACAGACACUGAGACACAGACACAGACAGAGGGGGAGAACGCUCUGGCUGCCUGAAGAUUUGUUUCGACACCAAACUUUAGCGACAUGGACGCGCACCAUGGCGCGCCUCCGGCCGGGCAGCAGGUCGUGCACGUCCGCGGGGACUCGCAGACGGAGCUGGAGGCCCUGUUCAGCGCCGUGAUGAACCCCAACAAGGCGGCCCGACAGCCGGCCUCCCUGCCCAUGAGGAUGAGGAAGCUGCCGGACUCCUUCUUCAGACAGCCGGAGCCCAGAGGCCACUCCAGACAAGCCAGUUCAGAUGGAGGUGUGUGUGGUUCCCUCACUCCUCAUCAUGUCCGCGCCCAUUCCUCCCCGGCCUCUCUCCCAGUCAAUUCACUCUCCACUCAAGCGGCCGAUGUAGCAGCGGCGCCCAUGAUACCUGACGACGUGCCACUCCCCCAUGGUUGGGAAAUGGCUAAAACGCCUACUGGCCAACGUUAUUUCCUCAAUCACCUGGAGAAGACUACCACUUGGCAUGACCCUCGUCUCUCGCAGCUUCAGUCGGCUGCAGCUCAGCAUCCCAUCUCUGGCCCUCCAGUCCAUGCCCACUCCCUCAGCAACCCAGUACCCACUACACAACAACAAAACAUCCCUCCAGAGACAGGUCCACUGCCUGAAGGCUGGGAGCAGGCUGUGACUGCAGAUGGAGAGGUGUACUACAUCGAUCACAUAAAUAAGACCACCGCAUGGGUCGACCCGCGUCUAGCCCAGAAGAUGAAUCCCGGCAUCCUUGGCAUGGCGAUGCAGCAAAGACAGGAAAAGGAAAGGCUCAGAUGUAAACAGCAGGGACUCCCUCAGCAAAUCACACCACAGGAUGCAGGAGGAAGGAACCAGAUGCCCGGUGGGAUGGACCAUGACAGGAACACACAGACGCUUGUCCCACCUUUGGACGUCAGGAUCAGAUCCUCGAACCAUGAACCAACACUUAAUGGCGCUCACUCCCGCAAUGAGAGCACUGACAGCGGUCUGAGUGUCAGCAGUUUACCCCGAACAUCAGACCACAUGUUGAGCCCCGUGGAUCACAUGGACACUGGUGACUCCGCUGAGACCUCCUCGAUGACCCUACAAGAGUCGAUGCCGGUGCUGCCGAUGACAGAGGGUGAGGAGCUAAUGCCCUGCAUCCCUGAGGGUCUAAGUUCAGACCUUCUGAUGGACAUGGAAACCGUUCUCUCUGGGUCGCACAUUGACAGAGACAGCCUGCUCACCUGGCUAUAGACACGCACAGCCCUCUCCUAAAUAUCAUUUGAGAUGAGAGCAAGUCUUUGUAACAUGACUGAGAUUUUUUGGAGGAUUUUUUCUUGCUUCAGAAGUGGUACAGAACAACAUUGCUGAGAGAAUACACUAUUGUUGUGAUGGACAUCUAACACUAAAAACACCCUGAGGAAUGAAAUAAUCUGACUCGCAGAAGGUGGUAAGCUGCAGGUAUUGUCUUCUCUUUGGGUCUGAAUCUACAGGAAUCUAAGGCAGAGCAUCCACACUUUAAUGUGACACUGUGAUGACGCUCAUAAAGUCCAUCACAGUGAAUUUUAGAGUACAGAUUUGUUUUCUUAUCAUUCCCACUGGGCUAACACUGUGUACAUCAAAUAUUACAAACUGUAAACUCUACAUCUAACAGCUGAUGACUGUCUCAGAAGGCAAAAAUAGGUCUGAUUUCACCACAAGCAGCAUAAUUACCCAUUUACUACACAUAUUAACAGCAUGUUUUUAUGAUUUUUUAUGGUUGCUGAACAAAUAACAGAAGAAAGGUCAGGACUGACAAUGAGAUAUUUAACAGCGAUUUGUCUGGAUGAACACUACAUUGAAAGUAUUAACCCAAUAAGCUUCCAUGAUUAUUUUGAUGUUUACAUUUUUGUCGCCUUUGGAUUCACAGCUGACUGCAAUCAUUGUAACUCACACUACAACUGAUAGUGCAAGUAUGCUCCCUUGUGGUGAAGCUGUACAGCAGUAAGAACACUAAUAAGAAACUUAGGAAGGAGUCUGUGAUAUUUAGAGAAAUGGAAAGUCUGAUCAUAGGACUUCCCUUUACAAAAAGAAGUCCUGUGAUAUACAGAGAAUGGCUAAAGCAAAUCACGGGCAUAGCAUAAUGCUGUCCAAUACAAUACAGGGAUUCCCCCCAGGAAAUUUUCAUCCAGAUGCAUGUGGUCUCAUGAUCUAUUUAGUAAGUGAAUGGCUACACUCACCACAAAUAUUUGAUACAUAAGGUGGUGCCUGAAGGUUUAAUUUCUUAAAGUGCAUACAAUUACUGAGAUGUUAGUCGGUUUGUACCCUAAAAACUACAUGACAGCUAAAACCAUAACCUUAAUGUGAAUACUUUGGCACUAUAGUAUUAGAUUGUGUCAUAUUGUUAUAUGUUUCUGUAGUCUCAUACAAUCAAAUGGAAUAUAAGCAUCACAAAGCUAGAAUUUUAAUAUAUUUUAUUGCACAGUUGUGACAGCCCCAGUUAAAGGAAAAAAAAAAAGACAGCCAAAUCAGUCCUUAGUGCACUGUGACUUCAACUCUUUAAACUCAUUUAUUUAUUCAUUCAUUCAUUCAUUCAUUCAUUGGUGGUAAAAGCCCUGUGAUCAUUUUGUAACAUUCAACUAUUUUUCCUCAUUUCCCUGCUACUGGUUUGGUGCAUUCCUAAUAUUCUCCUUUUUCAUGUUAUAGCAAAUUAUUUUAGCCAGUGGACAAGGGAAAACAUUUUCCCUCAGUGAAAAACAUGAAACCUACUUCGUUUUUGGCCAGUUUUAAGUUUUAAGCCCCCUAAUUACAAAUAUUUUAUGCUUUAUAUUUUGCUCACUGAAUGCUUGAAGUAAACAUCCAAAUCUGUAUAACUGUCAUUUACAAUAUUAGGUAGAGCAGUGUUAUGUAGUUGCAGGCUAUCCUGAAAAAUUGUCACUACAGUAUGUUAAUAUUAUGUAUAAAUACAUGUAAACUGAUAAACGUCUGCAUGAGUAAAACAGAAGCAUGGUUAGCUGUGAGGUAAAGUGCCCUUGAUUGAAAAUGUCUUGGUUUAUGCCAUUAAGGUAUUUAUUAGCUGCUACUUUGCAGAGUUUUGAAGUCUUCUGACAGAUUUGUUUUGGUUCGUGCUGUCACCUCUGGGUGAGAAUGAUUAAAACAUGCUUUAAAUCAGGCCAUACGCCUAGUUGGAGUCAGCACACAUUUCGGAGCCCAUUGUGCCUUCUUACAGAGUGACGUACUAAUGCAGAUGUUACUUUGCUACUACAGUUUAAUUGCAGUUGUUAUUAGGUGCUGUAACCUUCCCUCACAUACACAGUCCAAUAUGCAGAUCUCUCCAUUAGUUACGUGAACUAUAUUAAAAGUAUAUAAUCAGUUUUUAUCC